AAAAGUGUAUUUUUCAGAGUUGAGCUUCGUACAGUAUCUCUAGCUGGCAUCUCCCAACCUGCUUAUGCUGAGGAACUGUUCCAAGUCUAUACACCGGGAUUCUGGACUGUGAAGAAUAUUCUGCUCAUGCUGUUCAUCUUUCUCCUCUUUGCCAUCAUAGUCGGUAUUGUUGGUUACUUCUUUGUGAAAAAAUACUAUUCACAAAAAGUAAAGGAAUAUGCCACUCAGCUUAUCUCUGCCAAUCCGGAAUACUUGUCACAGGUUUAUCGUGGUUAUGGUAACAAUGUUCUUUCAAAAUGCGGAGAUACUUUCGGUGUUUGUGCCAUCAAGACGGUAACAGAAUCGGCAAACUCUGCGGAACGGCUACAUUUCUUACUGGAGGCGAAUGUGAUGAAAUCAUUCUCGGCUGAGGCGUUUAUAGUCAAGUUAUAUGGAGUGGUUUCGGAUGGACAACCUGUGCUGGUAGUGAUGGAAAUGAUGGAAAAGGGUAAUCUCCGGGAUUAUUUGCGUUCGAGACGACCUGGCGCUGAAGAAAACAUUGAGAAUCUGCCAGUACCCACUUCUGCUGAGUAUUACGAAUGGGCAGCACAAAUAGCUGAUGGCAUGGGAUAUUUGGAAUCAAUUCGCUUCUGUCACAGAGAUUUGGCUGCGAGGAACUGCAUGGUACAUUCUAACGAUAUUUAUCUUUUGCUUAUUCUUAGGUUUGGCGAACGAAGAAGUGCUAUCUUUCAUUGGCAUUUCUAG